ACUAAUAGGUCUGAAAAUAAAAAAAGAAAAAUACAACUGUUUGAGGGUCGAUGAAAGUGACUUCUCUUUUCAACAAUCACCGGCUCUGCCCCGCCCGGGCGCUCCAGGGUGAGGGAACAAUGGCGGAAGUAAGAAGGCUCCACCGGGACCGCCCGCCUGACGACCCCGCCCGCCAGGCCCUGAACGAGGCGGCUACUGCGGCGUCGGCCCCCCUCGUGACGUCAGCACGUCGGGCGGGUGACAAACGCCUCUUUCGCACCGCCACAGGAACUAGGCGCACUGCGCAAGUGUGCGGGCUGGGUCUCGCGUCUGAUCCCAAAAGCCUCGCGAGGGUUGGGGCGUUGCGCUUCCUGAGGGCGUCCCAGGGGCCGGGUGGUGGGGUUCGGGUGCCGGGCUAGGGGCGGAGCUGGGAGAUGGCGUCCGGAGCGGCUCGCCGGCUGGCUUUGGCAGCCGUCCGAUCCGGGGCUUUCCGGAACGGACCGAGCUUGAGGAAGGGUGGCGAUGUCUCCGCCGGAGGGGGUGGUUCAGGUCGGAGCCUGGUACCGUCGAGGUCAGUCAUCGUUACUCGCAGCGGCGCCAUUUUGCCCAAACCGGUGAAAAUGUCCUUCGGCCUUCUUCGUGUGUUCUCCAUUGUGAUCCCCUUUCUCUAUGUCGGGACGCUCAUUAGCAAGAACUUUGCCGCUCUACUUGAGGAGCAUGACAUUUUUGUUCCAGAGGAUGACGACGACGAUGACUAACAGGACACGGAGGAGGUACAGAAAGGAGACAGCCCUAACUUAAUUAUGAUGGUGAUGCUCACAGCCUCUCCUGCUUCCCUGUCAGAAGGGCCCAGGGAAAGCCCUCAGCCUCCCAACACCAGUGAAGCCUCCUGCACCAUCUGUGACCAUAGCCCAGAUCCCCAGGCUCUGGGAGGUUCCCAGAAAUGUGCUGUCCACUGAGCACAAUCAGCUUACGAAUAAACAUGAUAAACAUCA